AUGGUUAUAAUCAGAGUUAAACCUACUGUUUGCUUCUUUCUUUACCUGUUUGUGAGCUUUGCUGUUCGCACGCUCGUAGCUACUCCCGUGAAUACGGUUUCUUGGACUUGGGUAGGGGGCAAUCAGCGUACCGACGGGUCUGGAAUCUACGGCAACAAGAGUCUUCCAGCAACGGGCAACACGCCAGGCGCGCGGCAUGGCGCCGCUAGUUGGUCGGGUCCGAACGGUCACUACUUAUUCGGUGGUGAAGGGAAAGCAAACGCAAGCAUAGGACACCUGAACGACCUAUGGGUGUUCAAUAAAUCAUCCUUGGAGUGGACGUGGAUUGGUGGGUCAUCGGUUCCCGACCAGUCUGGUACCUAUGGGACGCUCGGGAAGGCGAACUCGUCUAAUAUGCCUGGUGCUCGGGAAAACGCCGCGUUUUGGCAGACAUCUACUGGCAUCUUCUACCUUUUUGGAGGAUACGGUCUUGAUAAGAACGGAGACAUUGGUCGUUUGAACGACUUGUGGCAGUACGAUCCGUUUACAGAAAACUGGACUUGGAUCGCAGGGAACGACACAGUGGACGCGCCUGGCGCUAGCGGACAAAAAGGAAGCUUCAGCAGCAGUUUUAGUCCGAGUGCUCGGGAUGGUGCUGCCUUUUGGACUGAUAUGAAUAAUAACCUGUGGCUCUUUGGUGGUACCGAUCACAUAUUUCGUGAUCGUGCGGACUUAUGGGUAUUCAACACCACUACAUCCGAAUGGGGUUGGGUCGGAGGUAGCCUAGUUGGCAAUGAGUACGGUAAUUACAGCGCUCCUGGUGUUGGAAACUCCUCAAACGCUCCCGGUGCACGACACGCUGCGUCCACGUGGGUUGAUCUUGAUGGUAAUCUGUGGCUGUUUGGUGGUAGGGGCUACGGGAACAGCACGACGCAGUACGGCAACCUCAACGAUCUAUGGAUGUACAACAUAAGCACCGGUAUCUGGGUCUAUGUCACUGGAGGGAAGACUUCAAACAAUUUCGGCGUUUACGACGUCUUUGGAGGGUAUUCUGCGAUGAAUACGCCUGGUAGUCGGUUAGGUAGCGUCAGUUUUGUGGACUCUUUGGGUAAUCUUCAGCUAUUUGGUGGCGCCGGGCUGGCCGCUGCAUCUAGCCUCAGCGGAUGCUUGAAUGACCUCUGGGUAUUUGAUCCGGAGCUUGGACAAUGGGCGUGGAUCAACGGUAGUGCAAUGCCGAACAGUUUGAGCUUCUACGGAGUCGUUAACGAGACCAAUAGUUCAGUCAAACCGGGUGGUCGAUUUGGCUCUACUAUAUGGGUCUCUCAAUCAAAUGACGCGACGUUUGCGGCAUUUGAUCCAGUUCUAUUUGGCGGCUUUGGCUAUGCAAAUGGGUCAGUUCCUAUCACCGGGUUACUUAAUGAUGUCUUUUCUCUAUCGGAGGUAUUCGUUUCGCCGUAUCCUACUCCUACACCAACUCCAACUAUAACGCCUACAGCAAGUCCGGCAGUGUCGGUGUCGGCGUCGUACUCUGCGACAAUGUCAGCAACAACGAACGUAACAGAGGUCCCAGUAGGCACAGGCUCCGCGGUAUGCUUCCCUGCGGAGGCCUCUGUAAUGGUUGAUCGUCUAGGCAAUACGGUGCUGAUGAGCGAGUUGCGCCCGGGUAUGGUGGUGAUUGGCGUCAAUGGACGUGGGCAGCUCGUCGAGGAUACUGUACUGGGAUGGUUGCAUAACGAGCCUGGUGCUGUAGUGGAGAUCCUUGCGAUCAAGACGCUUUCUGGGAAGCAGCUACGCUUGACGAGGCAGCAUCUGGUGUAUCGGAUGCACGAACACUCAAGAGUCCUGGAUGGCAGUAUAAUAACUAUUGCGACAGGUCAUUUACGGAACCAGCAGCAGCGCAUACAUAAGAGCCUUGAGCUUGAGACCUCUGCCAUUGAGGCAGCGUUCGCAGAAGAUAUCCGCAUUGGCGACGCUCUGCUGGACGUUGCCUCGGAUCUCCCGGAUCCGGUAGUCGCGAUCGACACUCUUGUUACGCGUGAUGGCCUCUAUGCACCGCUGACGCGCUCAGGGCGUCUUGUUGUCGACGGCAUUCUCGUGAGCUGCUACGGAACGUAUCCGUCUCAUGUUGUCGCGCAUGCUGUUCUAUGGCCUGCACGUGUAGGUGCGCUGCGUACCAUAUGGGGUUCAAUGCUCGGCACAGACAGUACGGUCGGUAUCAUGCCGUACGCAGAAGGGUUGUAUCGCAUGUGGACGAUAGCAGCGCGCAUUUUGAAGGAGGCUCGUGUGAGUGUUGUGGCUGCUGCCUGCUGA